AUGACAGAUAAAAGAAUUAUGGUUAGUUGGAAGUCGGAAUUGGUGGACAAAACUUUUUUGGAUGCAUGUAUACAAGAAUUAACAAGCAAUGGCCGGGAGGGUAGUGGACUAAAAGCAAGCUCAUGGGCUGUGGUCGCGGAGAAAUUGAAAACAGAUCAUAAUUUUAUUGUCGACAAAAAACAAAUGAAAAACCGAUACGACUAUUUAAAAGCAAAGUAUGCAGUGUGGUUAAAACUUAAAAACAAAACAGGAAAUAUUUAUAAUCCCGUAACGAAUUCUUUUAACAUGACUAAUGAAGAAUGGGAAGCGGAAGCGAAGUUGAACAAGUAUGUAGAUAAGCUGAGAAAUGCACCCCUCCCUUGCCCUGAACUUUGUACCCAACUAUUUGAUGGGGCAACCUCGACCGGUGUUCACAGUUGGGGGCCAUCUUCGACAUUACCUCAUCCCAAUGAAACCUUCAGUACACAUGAUUUUGAGGAUACAGAGAUGGAUGAGCCAGCACCUCAUGCAGAUACCCCAAGCUCAACAAUACCUCAACCUACUAGUGAGGAAUCAUCUGGGCGGACAAAAAACAAGGGAGGCAAACGAAAUGGUCCUAAAGAAACCACACUUGAUGAUGAGUUGAAAGAAGUUGGAAAAGAGAUUAUCAAGGCUGCACAAGCAUUCACCGAAGCAAAUAAUCUUGACAAGGAGAUGGAUGCUUGUAUGGUGAAGUUGACAUGCUUGGAGUGGGGAGAAUAUGAUCCGAAAUACACCACUGCUCUUAUGUUAUUUGCUGAAAGUGCUGGACACAUGGAUAAAGAAGGUGACUUUUUAUAUUUUCUUAUAUUCUCGUGGUAUUGGUUGAUGUUGGUCCGACAAAGGCAAAGAAUAGUUAAAAGAAUAAGAGCUAGCGAACAGGAGGGCAUAGCACAUGAUUCUAAAGUUUUGAAAGAAGUUGCAUUUAACCCAACUUCCGGAUUUCCAUUCCCUCCACCAGAUAAAUAUUACCUUUGUGAUGCCGCAUACACCAACACCCGUGGAUUUAUGGCUCCCUACCGCAAUACUAGGUAUUGGUUAGCCGAUUUUCGAAGAAACAGAGCUUUGACUAAGGAAGAAAUGUUCAAUCAUGCUCAUGCACAACUUAGAAAUUACAUUGAACGUGCUUAUGGUGUAUUGAAGGCGAGAUUUCCAAUUUUAAAACAAAUGGCUCCUUAUCCUUUUCCAGUGCAAAGAGACAUAGUCAUUUCUUGUGUUGCGGUCCAUAAUUUUAUAAGGAAAUACGAUAUUGAAGAUGAAUUAUUUACGAACUUUGAACAAAACACUAUGGUUAGUCAUAAUGUGGGUGGUGGAGGAAAUGAGGGUCAAAACAUAGAAGGCAUAGAAUGGGGUUCAGAAGCCGUUAACUAUAUGACUAAUUUGCGUGACCAGAUUGCUAAUCAGUUGUUUUCAAAUGGUUCAUGUUAA